CUACAAAUACAUUAUACAAAGAAAGGAAAUUCUCUCUGUUUUUCCACAAGCAAAGAGUAUACUAUAAAUGGCCUCAGCUGCUGCAGUAAUGAAUAACUACCAAGAGGAGGACAUUGUUCGACCUGUUGCUGACUUCUCUCCAAGUCUUUGGGGUGAUCGUUUCCAUUCAUUCUCCCUCGACAAUCAGAUUGCUGGAAAAUAUGCUCAAGAGAUCGAUACUUUGAAGGAACAAUCAAGAGCUAUAUUAUCUGCAUCUUCUCGAAGAACAUUGGCUGAGAAAUUGGAUCUGAUAGACAUUGUUGAGCGCCUUGGCAUUGCUUAUCAUUUUGAAAAACAAAUAGAUGAUAUGUUGGAUCAAUUUUACAAAGCACAUCCUAACUUUGAGGCUCAUGAGUACAAUGAUUUACAAACUUUAUCCGUUCAAUUUCGACUAUUGAGACAACAUGGUUACAAUAUCUCCCCAAAACUUUUUAGCAGAUUCCAAGAUGCAAAAGGCAAAUUUAACGAAUCUCUUAGUAACGACAUCAAGGGUCUUUUGAACUUAUACGAAGCUUCACAUGUAAGGACUCAUGGAGAAGAUAUUUUGGAAGAGGCACUUGCUUUCUCUAUUGCUCAUCUUGAAUCUGCAGCUCCACAUUUGAAGUCACCUCUGAGUAAGCAAGUGACACAUGCCCUUGAGCAAUCUCUCCAUAAGAGCAUUCCAAGAGUUGAGACACGAUACUUCAUCUCUAUCUACGAAGAGGAGGAACAGAAGAAUGAUGUGUUGCUUCAAUUUGCAAAACUGGACUUCAACUUACUUCAGAUGUUGCACAAACAAGAACUCAGUGAAGUAUCAAGGUGGUGGAAAGAUUUGGAUUUUGUGACAACACUUCCAUAUGCUAGGGACAGAGCAGUUGAGUGCUACUUUUGGACGAUGGGAGUGUAUGCUGAACCUCAGUACUCUCAGGCUCGUGUCAUGCUUGCUAAGACUAUAGCAAUGAUUUCUAUAGUAGAUGACACAUUCGAUGCUUAUGGCAUUGUAAAAGAACUUGAGAUAUACACCGAUGCCAUACAGAGGUGGGAUAUUAGCCAAAUUGAUCGGCUCCCUGAUUACAUGAAAAUCAGUUACAAAGCACUUUUAGAUCUCUACAAUGAUUAUGAAAUGGAGUUGUCCAAGGAUGGUAGAUCUGAUGUUGUUCACUACGCGAAAGAAAGAAUGAAAGAAAUCGUGAGAAACUAUUUUGUGGAAGCAAAAUGGUUCAUUGAAGGAUAUAUGCCGCCAGUCUCUGAGUAUCUUAGCAAUGCAUUAGCUACCAGCACUUAUUACUUGCUUACGACUACAUCUUAUUUGGGAAUGAAGUCUGCUAACAAGGAAGAUUUUGAAUGGUUGGCCAAGAACCCUAAAAUUCUUGAGGCUAAUGUGACGUUAUGCCGAGUCAUUGAUGACAUAGCCACCUAUGAGGUUGAGAAGGGUAGAGGUCAGAUUGCAACUGGAAUUGAAUGUUACAUGAGAGAUUAUGGUGUAUCCACAGAAGAGGCCAUGGAAAAAUUCCAAGAAAUGGCUGAGACAGCAUGGAAGGAUGUAAAUGAAGGAAUCCUUCGACCAACUCCUGUCUCUACAGAGAUUCUCACUCGCAUUCUCAAUCUUGCUCGCAUUAUUGAUGUUACUUAUAAGCACAAUCAAGAUGGAUACACUCAUCCGGAAAAAGUACUAAAACCUCAUAUUAUUGCGUUGUUGGUGGACUCUAUUGAAAUUUAAAUCAUCGAUUGUUUUGUACAUCUGGGAGCACUUGCUUCCCAUCCCCUAAAAUUAUAAGUAUUUGAUUGAUGCCUUGUUCGUAUCUAUGCUGCUAGGCGCUAGCUAAGAUAGGAGUUGCUGGAGAUACAUGUUAUAGUGCAGUGCAGUUAAUUUCUUAAUUUUUUUUUUUGUAUCAUUAUUGACAUUUUAAAUUAUAUAUAUAUAUAUAUAUA